AAAGAAAUCAAUGCAUUGUUGGUGGCGUUACGAGACUUGCAUGUUUCGGUAAUCCUCAUGGGAGAUCCCGACCUCACAAUCAUCGAUUCACUCCAUUUCGGACUCGUCGACGGCCUCGUGAUACAGAAUGCGAGCGUGUUAGCUGAUGGUCAGCAUCGAGAUUUCUUCCGUGCAGUACAGGUCCGAGAAUGCGUUGCAAGAUGCAAGCGUCAGAUGAAGCAUCGACCCGAGUUUCUUAUGGGGUUCCUCGAAAUAUGGACCAUCAAACCCACAGCAGCCACUCUGCGCCGAGCAUACAAAUUGGCGGAUUUCUUUGGGGCUGUAAUUCAAGCUCAAGCAAUUUCGCAGCACAACACCCGAACGGAGAUGAGUCUUAGUGGAUUCGACUGGCUUAAGCGACCUGAAAUCGUAUAUUUGCAGAAGUGCUGGACGCAAAACCCAGCAACGAUCCCGCGUCCCGAAGCCGAGACAGACAAUUUUCAUUUCGAUACCCAAAAGCUGUCUGAAAUCUUGGGACCAGCGGAAAGCUUACUCGCAUUAUGUCCGCUAUCAUCCGAUCUGCUUUCCGUCUCGGACGAAAAGUUGGAGAGCAGUUCCAGUCCAGAUUACACUAUAGAUGCCCUAAGACGGGACAGUAUUUGGGAUGAAACAAGCUGCGGCGCUCCACUCUGCGAGACGGGGUGUUACAACUUGCGGGAUGAGAUUACCCAGGAGCAAUUCGACCGGAUACUGCAGACGCAGCGAAGCUUGAAGCAUUUGCAAAUGCUGCAUAUCUACGCAGAUAUUGAGAUUAUGUCAAUAUCAAAAGUCUUGAGCGUUACCUUGCAGAAUUCAUCCCAUACAGACCUGCUGCAGAAAUUCCUUGAUCAUCUCACCAGGGGUCAAGUGCGUAUCUUCAAGGGAUUAGACAGUGGCUUCAGUCUGCCGGAUUACGGCGGACACAUGCUAGGACUAUCGGAAAGCUCCCAGGAGGAUGGUCAUAGUAUCAUCGACAUUUACAUCUCACUUAAGAAUGUACACGAUGCCGCUACGAUCUGGCAUGUGUGGCUGGCACAUCAUGGCAUAUCGCGUUUGAAGUGCUUUGAGGAGGAGCUCUUGUUCUUCCCUGGUGCGCAGCUACCGAAAAGUUUACAGCAGGAGCUACGUCAAUGUACGGAAGCCGAGCUGCUAUAUAUCAUCCAACAAGUCCGGCUUAAUACUUUCGACCACGCUUUCCAUCACACCAUCAUAAAGACCUGUGCUGCUCUCCUGCUCGAGGAUACUACCAAAACUGCUUGGAACGUACUACAUUCUCGAGUGUGCUUGGACGAAUCACUGAACACGAGAACACUUCUUCGCAUGCGACUCGAGCAGUUUGUCAGACAAGGAACAGAUCAGCUUCCAAAGCUGGAGAGACUAGUCGAGCUCUCCGAUCUUCUUAGAAGAAAGUUACAGGAUGCUUUGUUUGCAAACGAUCGAUCUACAAUGUCCCAGCUUUCAGCACCUCUUGUUGAUGCGUACAAUGCUAUGGGGACUAUCCGACCUGCCGGACCCCAACUUGAUCUCUACGCGCUGAUGUACUUCUGCUCACUGCGCAAGCUUGCAUUCGAAGAUGUCUAUCUUGAAACUACAGAUCGGUGUCCAUUAUUUCUACAGCAACAUGAUCAAGCCGGGGUUUUCUCUGAGUUAUGGGUCCUUGGCUCACAAUGUGAGAUCUACUUUGGUCUAUUGCCACGUGCAUUGGGAGAGAUCACGUACGAAAAGUAUCACGACUAUCUGUCCCGUUAUCCUCCACCGCCCGAGUCAUGGAAUGGCAAGGACGUAUUUACGGCGUAUUCGAAUACUGAAGCUCGAAUACAACUGGAAGGCCAUGGAGUGAUGACAGGAUCUGGUUCGCCUGUAGAUCUGCCAGGACAAGCCUCAGGUUUCAAGCUUGAUGAGCCCGAGUCCACAAAACGCCUCGCCGAAGCUGCCAGCACGUUUGGAGCCAUGUCCAUCUUCUGUUUUCCAGCCGUGAUUGAUGUCGUGUUGCUCUCAUUCCUCGGUCGCGGCUUUUACCUGACGGCUUACAUGGACGACAUGGUGGUCAGCAUGGCCAAUUAUGCUAUCCUUACCGCACUUAUCAUGACUGGUGGCAUCACAGGUUGGGUUGGUAGUACUGGAGGGUUCUAUAUGUUCAGUUUCGCUUUCGACAAUAUGGCGCAUUUCAUUGUGCAGCGGUUUUCUGCGGCAUUCGUCUUGAGCACCGUCGUUGCUAUCUGCGGCUUCUUUGCAUUCGGCGCCCAAGAAUCUUGGUUUGGUGGUUUCAUUUUCCUGAUUUACCUUUAUGCCUUGACAACCUUUCUCAAUCUGUUAGGCAUGUUUGCCACAAUGCACCGGCUUGGCUGUCCAUUGACUUCUGGUCGUACCGCAAUGUGGAGGUGCAUCCCUAUUCUAUUCAUCUCGCCAAUACUCACCAUCUUCGUUGAUGACCAUGACCUCUUGAUCUAUCUGCUCAUAAUCUACACCUUCGUCAUCGCCCUCUUGUUUAGCUUUCGACAUCUCCUUCACGAAUGGACAACCUGGUUAAGCAAAGUGCCGUCGGUGAAAGAGAAGGACUUGAUGACAUGGUACAACAAUAAAUUGAAGGAAAAGCAAGGGUCGCUUCCUGAAGUCGACCCGCAACAAGUUGCAGCUGAAGCUCGGUAUGCUCUCAAGCUGGCAGUACACAGAUAUCGCAAUAGAAGCGUCAUCCACCAGCUUUUCAGUGCUGAAGCGGCCGUGGAUCCGUUCGUCAGCAAGAUGGGUACUGGACACUUAUACGCUCUCUGGCUACUUGAGAAAGAGGCCGGUGGUGCAGAUCUGCCCGAGACCUAUACGACGACAUGGUUUGUGCAGCUCGAACUUGCAUUCGCCAAUCAGCGGCAAUUGAUGCGUGGUCUGAAAGAGCACAGUCCGUUCAUCACCUUCCGCUACUCAAAGUACGACCUCGGGCAGAACGUUGGACUAUUCCUCGGCGCUUUGAUGGAUCGUUGGAUCGAUGUUGUCAUGAGCGCCAGGCAACCUGUCAUUGUUACGUAUUUCGACGAUCGUGCUCGUUACGGGAUCUGCUUCGGACUCUUGUAUUUCCUUUUUGGUGCAGUCUCAGUAGAUUUGGUUUUACAGAAGUACUGGCCACUUGCAACCGAGCUGCCAGACUGUAAGAUCGACAGCCUUGAUGCUUACAAUGAGAUCAAGCAGAAGCAGAAACAGACUCGCAACAAGUACUAUCGAAGUGCACUGGCCGAACUGUCCACUCUCUUGGCUAUCAACUUCGGCGUCAUGACCAUUCUCGUUUGGGCUUUUGUUAUUGAUCACAGAUCAGUCAUUCUCUACUUCCUGUAUAUCUCGGGAUACACAGGGGUAUGCCUCUUCCAGUUCCACCGAUGCUUCACGCAAAAUCCAAAAGCACACGUCAUUGCGGUCUUGAUCUGCUGUGUUGCUGGGUUCGUUGUGGGGUGCAUCCUGCGAGCGGUCUCUUCCACGUCUGACUUGUUUUACGACUAUGUCAUUGGCCUCAAUGUCACUUGCGUCUCUGCUGCAAUCGCGACCUUUUUCCUGACCGGGUACUUCUCACCACCAACCAGUUACCAUGUUGAAACGGGAGAUGACAAUUCAAGUGGAACGAUGAAUCCAAAAGAACGCCCUGCAAAUGGUGAUGGAGUCGAACCGACAAGCUGGGCGACCUUGUUCAAUACCCAUGGCGAUACACUGUGCAAUCUGUCACAUACGACCCACCGCAAAAUCCUCCAGCAUCUUUGCCUCGACAUCGAUGUUAACGUGCAGUGGACGAAACUACCCGAAGAUAUCCGCUAUCUUGUCGUGUCGCGUGUGCUUGGAGUCACUGGUCACACGACUCUUGCAGCUAGGGCAUGGUUAGCUGCAGAGUCAAAAAGUACAGUCCAAUCCGAUGAUGAGCUUGCAAGAUGCUUGAAGGAUCACAUGGGCAAGAAGUCAACCGUCAGCAAGGAUGAGAACAACGCUUUCAAAGUCGCAGGCUCAUAUCGCGAUCCAGAGCUGACCUCAGUGCUUGGCAGAGAGUUUGGAAUGAUCUCAAAGCUCAGACAUGUCGUCACGAGCGUCGUUUCGACUAUAUACGGCAUUGUGAAGUGGACUGCUCUCAUAUCUGGUGGCGCACCGGACGUCAAUCGUGAGCUGUGGUUUGCUCUGAGGGACAAUUCUCUGCGCACACCGCUGCUCUGGAGCCUUCUGAAAAUCUGGAAGGCAUGCUGGUUUAUCAAGAAUUUUUGGACAUAUCUGUUCUUGAUCCUCGGCAAGCCAUCCCUGCAUGUGUUCUUAGAAAUGAAGGAUCGAGGACUGCCUAGAACACUGCGUGGAGAUGCCAUCACAGUAGACACGCCUUUCUCAAAAACCACCGGCUUCAUCUCCCGUGAUGUCGAUGGCAACCUGGUGGUCACAGCCUUCGAUGGUAUUCACGAAAUUCCACCUGAUUCACAAGCGUUGAAAACCCUAGCAAUCUACGAUAAAUCUUAUCGCGUCACCCACUUCGAGAACAACCCCGGCAACCCGAAAACAAAAACUACUUCUACGUUCGAUUACCACAACCAAGAGUGGAAACGCUGGCCGACCGGGAAGACCACCAAGGAUGAACGCGGACACGAGAUCAUCUCGACCUAUGACAAACAUGGCCGUGUCGUGAGCGGAAAGCUUUUUCGGGGAGAAGUCGAGUUUUCUUUUGAAUAUCUAUAUAAGAAGAGGCCAAAGGGCAAUACCGAAAUCCUUCGGGCCACAUACAUAAAAGGAAAUGCUGAAGACAGUGCUUCUGUAAUCUCAGUGUACUGGAGUAUGCAACCUCGAUCCGAUUCGGACAAGGUGAAAAACUGGACUCCAUCUCACAAAAUUAGGCGGGUCGUCGCUAGUCUAGACGGGAAAACAUACGAGACCGAUUGGGUGUACAAGCACGCAAGAGAUCCAGACCUAGAGACAACCUUGACAGACGAGCACGGCACGAUCCUGACUGGUGUGGCAGCACCCGCAGCUAUCUUGGAAGACGAGUUUGGUUUCCUCAAGAAACCAGAAGACUUAUCUUUCGAUAGCGUUGACUUGCUUGUAUAUCAUCCUCUGAGCUGGCUCGAAAGGUUCCCAAGGCGCGGUGCCCAGACAUCGAAGUCAACUUCGUGGAUCAUGUCCUUCAUGCCAUUUGUCUAUUCUGAGGUCAAAGAAAAGAAGAUCUACCGCAAGCUACCCACCUCGGUGUUGAGGACCGCCCUAUGGACUUUCUGGGCUAAACCGCCAUACCUGGACGCUGUUUCAGCAUGUUUUCUCGAUGAGAUGAUACUGCGUAAGGAGCCUCUACUUCAGAGGUAUUGGAGGCUCCGUGAUGCCGGUCACCUCUUACACGCCGCGCACAAUCUGGACGAGAAUCUGGAUCUGAUCAUAUCGGCGAUCGAGCCUUCAGCUGAGGCCUCGCAAACUUGUCCUUUGCUUAUCAAAGCUUCAGACCUAUUCGUGAUGGGCCUUGGCAAGGAUGCGAAUCAGGUCACGGCUCGCCCAGAGGAUGCAUAUCGCGACACUCAUACUUUGACGUCGGUGAUAUUCUCUGAUAAUGGUUGCUGGCCAGACAAUCCUGGUGGCGUCUCAAAUUGUAGGCGAGACCUAGUGAACGGACACACUACUAUCCGCGGCCAUUGCUUGGCCGAAUCAGCCAACGACUUUGGUAUACCACGCUACCAGAUCGAGCAGAACAUCAACUCUUUGAAAAUUCUUCCACUGUGGGGCUUGGAUAGAAAGACACCCUACCAUGGAGUACUUGACAAUCUGCUCCAGACUCAGAUUGAUGAACGAAUCUUCGAGACUAGAAUUGAAGAGGACAUCAAAUCCAUCUUCAUUCCUCUCCUUACAUCAUUUGUCAAGGGAGCUCGAAUGAGACGAUAUGCUCGUAGUGACCUGGUCACACUCAGCAAUGUCAUCCUACAGAUGAACAGGUAUUUUGAGAAGUGUGACUUCAACAAAACCUGGGAUAACAAAGAUGUGUGGGACGCUUGGAUUCAAGCUUGGUUGAUCGACUAUCAAGAUCCGAACAUCGGGCUCCCGCGAGACCUCUUCGAGAUUGAACAAGCAUCCAUGAGUGACUUUAAGAGUGCCUUGGGCUUGUAUGUUUGCUACUUCUUCAUAUACUCAGUUGGGCUCCCGGUAGAGUGCCCGACUGUGUUCCAGAGUACCCACCAUGGAGUCAGUAGUCUCUACGGAAUGCUACUCAAAUACCGCCGAGGCACUACCUGGGGCAUUUGGGACCAUGCCAUCUUGUGGAGAGAGACAUGCCUGAACAUUAGUCCUGCACAGUGUCUGCUUCCAAUCCCCGUUCAGUCGAUGCUUCUGGCUGGGAUCAAAUUGGCCUGUCAUCUGGCUUAUACCCAUGUCGACAUUGUUUUGCCCUGCACUUCGGUGUUCAAUCCAGAUUGGGAGAUUGACCUGGGAACUGAUCAAGGAUUACGUGGUAGCAAAAAGCUGUUUGCACGCAAGAUCGACCCCAUCGUCAACGGUAUUGGGAACAUGGAUGCUUUCCAACCUGUCACAGAGACGCGAAGUAAGCUUCCGACUUGCGUUAUGCUAUCGAAUGUGCAAUUCAUCAAGGACGUUAAGAAUGCUGUGCUAGCCGCGGAUGUCAUUGUGAACAAGUAUGGCUUCAGCGACUACCGCUUGGUCGUGUACGGUGCUCAGGACCGCCAACCAAGCUAUGCCCUGGAGACUACCUCACUUAUCAACACCCGCAACCUCAACGGCAAAGUCAUACUCGCAGGCUUCGGUUCACCCAAAGAAGUGCUCAAGGAUGCCUGGCUGUUCAUGAAUUCUUCACUAUCUGAAGGCCUUCCACUGGCAAUUGGAGAAGCUGCCCUAUCUGGUAUACCGAUUGUUGCUACAGAGGUUGGCGCCACUGCACUUGUCCUCACCGACCCCGACGACUCCACAAAACGAUACGGCGAAGUUGUGCCCCCAAACGACCCGGAAGCACUUGCACGAGCGCAACUGAGUAUUCUUGGUAUGCUUGGACCCUGGGCGGAGUACACAACCGACAAGAUCAAGCCGGCACCACUUCCAGAUAAUUUUAAGACGACGGACGUUGCAUGGAUAACCGCGCGUAUGUACGAUAAGGCAGACGACCGUCGGGCACUAGGUCUGAAACUCCGAGAUGUGGUUCUCCGCAGUUUUCACGGUCAAAGAUAUUUGCGUGAGCAUGAACAGAUGUAUUGGGUCCAACGCAGGUGGGCAGAAACUCGUCGCUCUGCUCAAAAACUUAGUCGUCACCCGCCAGCAAACGCCGCUUUCGGCGAAUCCAACAUCUUCGAGUACGAUGAUGCUGCAGACACUGGCGCGGACGCUAAAGCGCGUUGGCAAGACUUUCGCCUGGACAAGCUCCUGAUUGACAGUCAUCCACCGCCUCGAAAAUAUAGCUUGGGUACGUAUGAGAGGGGUAUGUCGACUAUCGGAUGAGCGUUGGUUUGAAGAGGACAGAUCAAGGAGACGGCCGUAGGUCAAGGUUUGAGCGUUCGGAUGUCCAUUUCUAGUUCCGUACCGUGUAUCAUUUCGGAUGUGGUAUCAAUGCCCGUUUUGUGUAAUCUAGUUUUAGCACUGCGUACGGCAGGUAUGAACCAGAAAGGGGCUCUCCUUGGCGACAACAUGUUACUCAAAUGGCAGGAGUAGGCAAGCAGCCAUCUGUGAUUCAUCCG